CCUAUCUUUCUUUUGGUCCUUUAAAAGCUGAUGAAUUGGGUUUUGUACGAAGUCUUCGAAUUCUCAGGCUUUUGGCUUCUGGGUUUUCACCAUCUCUCACAACACGUCUUGCAGUAAGAACUGAAGGAAUCUUUUCAUUACCACACCGUAGUGGAAGAAUACCAAAACCUGUUCCAACAAGGUUUAUGUACAAUCGCUAUGGAUGUAAAAGGUGUAACCUGGGUCGGGAACAUAUACCAGAAGUUUGAAGCUAUGUGCUUGGAGGUGGAAGAAAUAAUGUACCAGGACACAGUCAACUAUGUUGAGAAUCAGGUUCAGAAUGUUGGAGAAAGUGUUAAAAAGUUCUAUUCAGAUGUCAUGCAAGAUUUGCUUCCCCCAUCUUCUUUUGAUCCUGUGAAAGUGCCAGCCUCUGACUUACCUGUAGAACGAUAUUCUGAUGUUGGGAUCUACAAAAAGCCAAAAUUAGGUAUAAAAAGGCGUUCUGUGAGGGUUGGUACUGAGAAACUAACUGAGGAUUCAAAAGCAAUGGCUGAUAUGCAUAAAGCUGUGGGCCGUUCGCAAUCUCUUCAUGAAAUUCAUGAUGAAGAUAAUUUGUUCCCACCAUCAUCAGAGGAUUCUGUGAAAAGAACUUGCUCUGAGUUUAACUCAAACAUGGGUAUCAAAGAAAACGCAGAAAAUGACAACCUUCCACUGGCUGAAAUGUCAGGGGCAGCGGUACCCAUAAAUGAUGUGGACAGAGUAUCAUCUUUCUGUGAACUCCUAAAUGAAAAUGGUGGAGCAUCAUGUGACCACACAGUUACAAAAUCAGCCUCAGCUUCGGUUGAAGUUAGAAGGUUUGACUCCCUAGCAGAAAGUUGUAAGAGGGUUGAAAAUGCAAGUGAACAUGGAAGUGAAGUCUCAAUGGAUAGUGCAUCAUCUGAUAUGACUAUUUUGAUUACCCCCAUUGAAAACGAAGGGAUAGAGAUGAGACUUCCAUACUCAGAUGGCGUCUCAGCAGAGUCAAAUGCUGCAGACAUUUGUACGAACGAUGGAGUGGUUUCUCGCAUGGGGAUGCGAUCGCUGGAUUCAGAUGUACUGUGUGAUGAAAUUGCUGAUAAGGAGGGUUUUGUCUCUCAUCCAGAAAGAUCAGACGACUGGAGUUUGGAUGCAAUCGAGAGUAGUACUUUCUCUGAACAGGGAGUGGAAACCAAGGUAAAGCUAGAGGAAACCUGUGUUCUGGUGGAUGGAGAAGAACUUCAUUUUUUUCCUCACAAGGAAUGCAAACGCAGGCCAUACAAGAAAAAAAUCCGGGAAGCCUUUUCUUCAAGAAUGAGGUCAGCAAGGAAGCAGGAGUAUGAGCAGCUGGCGGUUUGGUACGGGAACGAUGGAAAAUCCAAUCAGGGAUCUGGAGAGAGCUCGAUCCCAAGUCUUACUGCGGCAGACAGAAAGAAAUCUGCAACUAGUGAUAUCUGUGAAACUGAGUGGGAGCUUCUUUAGAUACCACUAGUAUGCAACUGUGUAAAUAAUUGGUCAACUUCACUACUUAUGCAGCCUUCCCUUGCAGACAAUGGUGAUGAAGGUGCUGUGCUGGAUGUUGAGGGUGGUAGCCAAAAUUCCAGCUCUUAUAGAACUUGUCUGAAGUAAGUAAAAUGGUUAAACAAAAGGGUAAAAAAAAGAAAAAUGCUUUCUAGCGAUGAAACUUAUAAAUAAUUUAUAAUUAGCAAGCCCUCUAUGAUAUGAGUAGGGUUUAAUGCAGGUCGUUAUACGUUACCUAUAUGAUGCACAAACAUAUGAAGCCUACUAGUAUUGUUAAUAAAAUGCCUUUUUAUUUAAUUAAAUACU